AUGGCAACUGGUGGGUCCCGAGAAGAGGAGCAGGUAGUCCCUCAUGAGGAGGACAACGGUGUGAGGGCGGUGCAGGCUCGGUACCUGCGGAGCCCGUCCCCCAGCCGGUACUCAGUGGUCUCUGAUGCAGAUACCGAGAGCAUUUUUAUGGAGCCCAUCCAUCUCUCCUCAGCCGUGGCUGCCAAACAGAUCAUCCAGGAAGAGCUGCCUACGAGGGUGCCUGGGGCCGAGACCGAGUGGCCAGGGCUGCUGGAGUCGGCUGAGCAGCUCCUGGUGGAAGAUCUGUACAACCGCAUGCGCCAGAAGCUAGAUGCACGCGGCCCGCAUCACACACCCUGUGUCCUGGACCUGCAGCGUGCGCUCACGCAUGACCGGUGCCAGGCACCCCGCAAUGAGGUGGACGAGGUGUGGCCUGGUGUCUUCAUUGCUGAGAAGAGCGUGGCUGUGAACAAGGGGCGACUGAAGAGGCUGGGAAUCACCCACAUCUUGAAUGCCGCACAUGGCACUGGCGUGUACACGGGCCCCGAGUUCUACACGGGCCUGGAGGUGCAGUACUUGGGGCUGGAGCUGGAUGACUUCCCCGAAGUGGACAUUGCCCAGCACUUCCGGAAGGCCGCAGAGUUCCUCGACGACGCGCUGCUGACCUACAAGGGGAAGGUGCUGGUGAGCAGUGAGAUGGGCGUGAGCCGCUCAGCAGUGCUGGUUGCUGCCUACCUUAUGAUCUUCCAUGGCCUGUCGGUCCUGGACGCGCUGCUGACCAUGCGCAGGCGGCGGCCCGUGCUCCCCAAUGACGGCUUCUUGCACCAGCUGCGCCAGCUCCAAGAGCAACUGCUGGACGAGCGCGAUGAGGAGGACUCGGGGAGCACAGCAGGCACCGGUGUGCGGGUACUCACGGUGCAGGAGGUGGACGAUGCGGGCAGUCAGCUAAGUGGCCUGUCCCGUGCCACCCGGGCCCUCGGGGGUGACGAGGAGGAAGAGGAGGAGGGCUGGGCACAGGGCAGGAACCCCCAGCAGGAACCCUCCACUGAGCCCCAGGAUUGGGAGAAAGUGGAGGAGGAGGAGGAGGUCAGGGAGGAUGGAGUGGAGCAUAUCAUCCGUGAGUGGCAGAGUCGCAAUGAGCGGUACCAGGCCCAGGGGCGCCACAGGUGGGGCCGGGAGGAGGAACAGGAGGAGGAGGAGGAAGAGGAGGUGCUGGAAGGCUCCAAAGGCUCCACAUUGAGGACCCGCCGCCGCCGCCGCCUCACUCUGCGUGAGCAGAGCAGCACCGAGAGUACCAAUAGCCACGAGCUUGGGGUGCAAAUGCAGCGGCUGGAGACAAGCAAGUCCCAGCCCAGAUGGAGGCCCCGAUGUGACUCGGAGUCCUUGAGCAGCACCUGGGACUCCUGGAACCAGCAGGAGGAGACGGCCUGGGAGGCUGGGAGCCGUGUGGGGUCAGGCAGCGAGGACAGGGCCAGUAUGUGCUCCGAGCCCAGCUCGCUGAGCAGCUUCUGCAGCAGGAAUAGGGACAAGCUGACACCUCUGGAGAGGUGGAAGAUCAAAAGGAUCCAGUUUGGCUUCCACAAGAAGGAUGCGGAGGCCGGUGAGGGUGAGGGUGAAGGUGAGGUGGAUGUGGCGCGGGCCCAGGCACCCAGUCCCAGCACCCUGUCGGCCUAUCAGGCCUGGAAGCUGAAGCAGCAGAAGAAAGUAGGUGGCGAGAGGCCGGCCGAGGUGGCAGAGCUGGGCCAGGCUGAGGAUGUGGCCUCGGCCAAGAAGAGGCAGCGGCGGCUGGAGCUGCUGGAGAGGAGCCGGCAGAACCUGGAAGAGAGCCAGUCCCUGGGCAGUGGUCAAGGGGUCAGCCUGGGGCCCGGGGGUACCCUCCCCCUGUCUGCCUUCCGCACUGCCACCACCAAUGACGGGGACACGGUGUCUGUUCUCAGCUCCCAGAGCUGCAGCAGUGGUGGUGACAGAGGAACACCACUACCCAGCCUGCAGGUGGGGCCUGGGGACACCGUCUCCCUCGCCAGCAUCCAGAGCUGGAUUGCCAGUGUGGUGAGCGAGACGCUGGCCCAGAAGCAGAAUGAGUGGCUCCUAGGCUCCCGGCCUGGCUCGCAGGCUGGAGAGGAUGCCCAGUCGGUGCUCAGUGGCUCCUCCCUGGCCAGCUGCCCCCGGCCCCCCUGCCCAGGCCGACCCCAAUGGGACACAGGCUCCGUGCUGUCCUCUGUCUCCACGGACACAGCCUCGGCCAGCUCCAAGGCCCAGGGCCAGCCCACCAGCAAGCCCUUCUACAGCCUCUUUGCUGAUGAUGUGGACCUUCGGGCACUGGGCCGCAAGGAGCAGGAGCAGCAGGAAGAGCUGAGGGAGAAAAUGUCCAAAUAUGAGCUGGAGAAAGUGGCUUCAGGCUGCAAACGCAGCUCCCUGUUCAAGAAAAAGAAGAAGGCACAGGAUGCGGCAGAUGCGGGGGACGCCGGGGACAGUGGGGACGGGGACACUGACAGUGCCAUAGGGAGCUUCCCACGAUCCUCCAGCAGCUCUUCCCAAAGAGAAAUGGGGACAAGUGUGAACCAGUGGCUCAGGGACCUGGGCACCAAGAGCAAGUCAUCGCUUCCACUGCCACCAUUCAGUGAUUUUUCGGGAAGCUCCCAAGGCAAGUCCAGCAGGUCAUCGCUGUUCCGGGAGACACAGUCCACAUCGUCCAAUUAUAAGUUCUCCCAGUCCCAGGCUGAGGAUACCGACAGAUCCAGCUACUGUGAGGCUGACGGUCGCUCCGUCAGGACCACCUGCCGGCGGGAGGCCACAUCCAGGUCCGAAGGAGCUCAGAGCCACACUUUCUCCAAGUGGGUGCUCAGCGAGGCGGCCAGCUCCCGUGAGAGCAGCCCCGAACCCUACUUCUUCCACCAGACCCCUGAAGCCUCGGAAGGGGAGGAGUCCCCAGAGCUAAGGUCUGGACAGCCCAUCUGGGCCAGCGCCAGUGAGGAGUUCUCCCAGGAGCAUUCAGCAAAGUUUGGGGCCCGGAGAAGUUUCACCCAGAGUUUUGCACGGGCUGGGGAGGAGGAAGAGAGCAAGCGGUGGGAACAGAGCGAGGACCAGAGAUUUGCGUCCAGGAGGCAUCACCAGCGGCGGCAGAGUACCAGGAGGGAGGAAGAAAAAGAGGAGGAACAGGAGGAGGAGGAAACCGAUGAUGAAGCCAUCAUCGCAGCCUGGAGGCGGAAGCAGGAAGAAACCUGGACACGGCUACAGAGGAGGAGGAAGGAUUAG